CACACUGUCUGCGCACGCACUUGCACAGCGAACGGAAUCAUUGAGGGAGGCACACGCAUUGAGGCUUGGAUUUCACGUCUUGCCAAGUGCAAUGUGCUUCUAAUCUGAAAGACUGCGCCUUGAAUCCUAUCAGAGAGUUGCUUCAUGCUUAUUAAGUUAAGGUAAAACAGAGGCGGUUGAAUAUCUUACCCGAGCUCUCUCACAUUUUAACAAGGACAUAGCCCACGCGUAAAACCUUGACAGGACACUGGGCAACAUUUUGAGUCUGAGAACAAUUGAAAUAGAAGGGGUUUUAUUCUAGAUUCUGGUUAACGACGGGUUCUUUUUUGUUUCUUUAGGAACGGAAAAUCUGCAACGCAUCAAACGCGCACUGCCAAAAUGCACGUGGAUUAUUUUUUUACACUGUAACAAGAAGGAACGUUGUAGCAAUUUCACAAUUGUGGAAAUUCAAAGCAACUAUUUGCAAGGGGUCCUACAAAAUUUCAGAGAAUGGUCAAUGAUCGAUGGACAAUCAUGAACAGUGUGUCAGAACUCGAAGAUGGACAACAGCAUAAAUCUCAGAGGAUGGGCUGUAGCUACUUCCUGUGCACCAUUCUGUUCUUUGUGGCUGUCCUCCUGGCCAUCAUGGCAACGGGUACCAUCCUACUCAUGAACCACUACCAAGCUCCACCCCCCGGCACCAACGACGGCCCCCCACUCAUCUCCACCAACCACGACGAGGGCAACGCCCUGGUGACAGUCGAGCGGGGCGAUGGUUCGCGCAUCAACAUCUUCAUCGACCCCAACUGCCCCGACUACAACAACAACUUCAUGCGGAUGGAGGCCGUGCAGACGUCACUGCUCCAUUCGCUGACCGACCAUGACACGGACCUGAAGUCAGUGAAGGGCCAGGACCGAGCCCUGCUGGUGAAGCUGGCUGAGGAGGUGGCCAAGCUAUCGGGCCACGCCAGCCAGCUUAAGUUGGAGUACGAAUCUCUGAGGCGAGGCCAGGGGAACCUGGGACAAGAGCUCAACACUCUGCAGACGGAGCAAGGCCGUCUUAUACAGCUGCUGUCCGAGAGCCAGAUCAACAUGGUGAAGGUGGUGAACUCCGUGAGUGAUAAACUCAACUCCAUGCAGAAGGAGACGGGGAACCUGAAGAGCAAGCUGAAGGCAGACCUCCAGAGAGCACCUGUCCGUAGUACUCGGCCCAAAGGCUGCUCCAAUGGCUCUAGACCUCGGGACUGCAGUGAUAUCUUCACCAGUGGCCAGCGAGAGGAUGGGAUCUACUCUGUCUUUCCCACACACUAUCCUGCUGGCUUCCAGGUCUUCUGUGACAUGACAACGGAUGGAGGAGGAUGGACGGUCAUUCAGCGCAGAGAGGAUGGCGCAGUGAACUUCUUCCGAGCAUGGGACGCAUACCGCAACGGCUUCGGCAAGAUUACUGGAGAGCACUGGCUUGGUUUGAAGAGGAUGCAUGCCCUGACCACCCAAGCCAACUACGAGCUGCGCAUUGACCUGGAGGACUUUGAGAACAGCACAGCCUUCGCCCAGUAUGGAGCCUUUGGAGUGGGACUGUUCUCCGUUGACCCGGAUGACGAUGGAUACCCGCUGACUAUUGCUGAUUACUCAGGCACUGCAGGUGACUCAAUGCUCAAACACAACGGGAUGAAAUUCACCACCAAGGACCAAGAUAACGACCACUCGGAGAACAACUGUGCCUCCUUCUACCACGGUGCCUGGUGGUACCGCAACUGCCACACGUCCAACCUGAAUGGACAGUACCUGCGUGGGCCGCACACCUCCUACGCCGACGGCAUCGAGUGGUCCUCCUGGACGGGCUGGCAGUACUCCCUUAAAUUCGCCGAGAUGAAGAUUAGAGCCACGACAGAGGAGAACAAAUGAGAGGGAACCGAUAGCACGAGAAACCGUAGAUGGAUGGACUUAGGCGUUGUUAAAGACACUCGACCUGCCGAAAAUUAGAAUAAGGACUCUGAACCUUAAUCUGCUCGUACUGUAACCCCUGUCCAAAAACAUUCUUAAUCCCCUCCAAACGUCGACCAUUUUGUGGUGUUGUGUUGAAACCUCCAAGGUUUUGUAACCUUUUGCAGCUUCUUGCUGAUCUGAUCAUGUUUCUAAGAAUUAUUUAAAAAAAUAAUGCAGGCAAUGUCAGAACCACAGUAUUGUUGUGCUUUUAAAAGGAACGCUGUGGAAUUUUGAAAUAUGAAAUGUUAGGAUUUUUCUCAUUCUCUUGAGUGAAAUUGAAUUGAAUGAAUUGAGUUUCCGACAAUUUAUUUGGGUUGUCCCAGCUGCUUGUAUGUACAGUUAACUUUGCAUCUGACAGCAGUCUGAGUUCUCCUAAGUGUUACGCAGGGGGUUCAGUGAACCACACUCACGAGAUGAGGAACCUUGCUUGAGACCUGAAUACGUGUGAUAGGUCCCUGAGCGAACGCUCAGACUUUAGCUCAGUAGGUUAACACUGUCUUGAGACACACAAGAGACACAGGUUUGAACCUCAGUCAGUUACAUGAUCUUGUGGUUUACCCCUAGCUCCUUUUUGACCCCUAGACAUACCUUGUACAGAUCAUGUGUCAGUCCAGUGCCCCAGUAAGACACAUUCAUGACAAAGCAUUAUAUCAGUCAGACAGGGGUUUUAAAGCCAACCCAAUCACUUCACAAAAGGCAGCCUUGCCUUUUACAUAACAUUUACAAAUACAAUGAUCCCACAAGAGUGGCUUUGAGCAACAUGCAUGUGUGACCUGUUACAAUGAAAGUAGAGAGAAUGAAGAGAAUACGUGAAAGGGCUGGGCCAGCGGUGUGCCAAUUAUAAUCAGAGGCCUGGAUCUGUGUAGCCUUCCAGUUGUUGGUGGAAACCUCAGACAGUAGGGUCUAACCUAUAAAUUAAUCUCAUCUGAGAACCAAGUCUAUUCACUGAUAUGCUAUCUUGACUCAACUCAGAUUAGUCCUUUCAAUAUACUGGAUUUUGCUUACUCCUGAAGCCUUCUAGUCUGUCAUCUUCAGUGUGUGUACAGGAGAUGAUUGAUAAAGUCAGGCAAACUGUGUUCUUUACUCAGUCAGAGUACCAACAAUUGAGAUUCCCCUAUGGGCAACCAAAGUUUAAAAAAAAUACGAAAACAUUGUGACAUAAUACAACAACUGCUGGUAAUUCAUUCCCUGCAAAAAACAGCCUUUUCAUCUGCCCAGAUGUUGAAUGACAUUGUGUCACUGGUACAGUAUGAGUGUAUGUCUUUCUCAUUAUUUACAGUGAUAUGAUAUAGUGUUCGAUACCUUGGAGGCAGCAGACAGUUGUACAUCUGUGUAGUUUCCAGACCCGGGUUCAAAUACAUUUGUAUCUGCUAUUAAAAAUGCUUUUUAUUGUG